AUGUCCCAAAACACUAAAACUUAUAAAGACGCGUUUGCUCUCUUUGACAAGAAGGGAACUGGAAAGAUCCCAGUUGAACACUUGGGUGAUUUGUUAAGAGCCGUUGGUCAAAACCCAACUUUGGCUGAAAUCUCAGAAUUGCAAAGCUCGAUCCAAUCAAAGGAAUUUGAUUUCGAUGUCUACCAUAAGAUUAUCAACAGACCAGAUGGUUUCAAGCCAUUAGGAUUGCCAGAAGACUACAUCAAGGGUUUCCAAGUCUUUGACAAGGAACAAACCGGCUACAUCGGUGUUGGUGAACUUAGAUACAUCUUGACCUCCAUUGGAGAAAAAUUGACUGAUUCUGAAGUUGAUGAGUUAUUGAAAGGUGUCAAUGUCACUGCUGAUGGUAAUGUCGAUUAUGUUGAGUUUGUUAAGUCCAUCUUGGACCAAUAGGUGGAACAAUAAUGAAUGAACAAUAAAGCGAUCUAUAUACCUUUUUUAGUUAUUUUCUUUUAUUUCGCUAUUAUAUACCCGUGAUGAAUAGAUGUAUGUUAUUUUUUGCAAGAUUAUCAUCAA